AUGAGAGAAGGAGGACUUUUUGUUCAAAGUGAUGAUGAAAGUGAUUAUGACGAACCCCCAACUAAAAGGGCUAAAGUAGUAGAAGAAGAAGAAGAAGAUUCUGAUAUUGAAUUAAAUGAGUCUGAUUGGGAAGAUGUAUUUCUUGAUAAUGUUGUCGACCCAGCACCUUCAGAGUUUUCAAUCACGAUACAACAAAACGAAAUCGAUCAUCAAAGAAAGGAAAGGAUAAAACAAUUAAUUAGGGAGAAACAAAAGCGUGUCAGUAUUCAUUACUUGAGUAUGGUAUCGUACAUAAUUCAUGCCAGAUUUAGAAAUCAGUUAAUGAGAUCCAAAAGAGUUCAAAAGUUGCUUAAAAAAUUGAUUCCAGAUCAAGUUAAAAAAGUAUACAAAAAAUUUAAAAAGAAUACAGAUACUCAAUCUGCUGAUGAACAAUUGGUAUAUAUUCUCAAGUAUCUAAUUAAAUGGUUUCGAAAAAAUUUUAAACAUGAUUCAAAUGGAAUGAGAGUUCUCGGAUAUUCAUCUGAUCCUCAAAGGUUCCCUAAUAAUGCAAAGAAUAUCACAAAUGAGUCAGAUUUAUUAUCAGUAAUUAAAAAGUUUCAACAUAAUAGGGAUACAGGGGCACAAAUCUUUACAGCAAUUUUGGGUGCUUUGGGUUUUGAAAGUCGUUUAGUCUUUUCCAUCCCCCUACUAUCAAUUAAAAAUACCAACACUCAACCAAAAUUAAAUAAUGACAUUUUGAAAGUAAAUAAAGACAAUGAUUUGUUAUAUCCUUCCUUUUGGACAGAAUUAAUCAACCCUUUGGAUCCAUCUGAAAUAAUAGUUAUGGAAACCCAAUGCUUUUAUGAAGAAGAUAAAAGAUUACUUAGAAUUAAACGUUAUGGUGGCACGUUAUCACAAAGCUUUACUGAUCAAUUUUACCCUAUCCAAAAUCAGCUUUGCCAAAUGUCAAUGUAUUAUGUCUUGAGUUUCAAUUCGGAAAACCUAAUACUUGAUGUAAGCUCAAGAUAUAUGAAAGAUAUUUCUUAUAGAUGGUUUAAUAGAUUAGAUUUGCGAACUGACUUGGGGAAAGCUGCAUUACUACUCCAAUCAUUGUUGCGUAUUUUCAAUAGAACUAAAAACUACACUACUGACGACAACAGAGAAUUAGAAAGUCUCAUGCAAAUGGCAAUGACUAAUUACACGAUUCCUGAAAGUUUUACUGCAAUGAAAAAUAGUCCUAAUUUUAUCACGCCUUCGACACUUAGGUAUAACGAAGUGAUCAUUCUGGAAACUAAACCCGUUAAACAAAUCAAAAUAAACAAUAAAAAGGAACCAGUUUAUUUCAAAAAUAGUUUACUUGUUGGUAAAUCUGAACAGCAGUGGAAGUUUCUUGGACGUUCAAUUAAACCUGGUGAAAUUCCCAUAAAGCUAGCUAAGGCAACUCCUCGAACCAUAUACAAUAAGCGGUUAUAUAAUCAAAAUGAAAUUAACGAUCCCAGUUUAAAUCAAGUGAAAUUAUACAGUUUCAGCCAAACAUGUCCCUAUAUCAAAUUGAAAGUCACUAAAUCACCAGAUAAUGGUAAGUUGAUUCUCCCAAGAAAUAAAUAUGGUAACAUAGAAAUUUUCCGUGAAAAUAUGAUUCCUGAUGAUUGUGUAUGGCUAAAAUUGACAAAUAUUGAAAAUAUAUUGAAGAAUAAAGCUCAGUUUGUUCCGGUUGUUACUGGAUUUGCUUUUAAAGCGGGUCAAGCAAUACCUAUUAAGCAAGGGGUAAUUGUUUUAAAACAAGAAGAGACCCGCAUAAAGAAAAUCUGGCUUUCUGGACGAAUAAAAGAACACAAGGCACAACUUGCACAACGACGUCUAAAACUUCUAUAUACUUGGAAGUUUAUUUACAAACAUUUACAAAUUAAAAAACGUCUUGACGAUCAUUUGUAA